UCGUCGUCUCCCGCACGCGCGCCCCUUCCGUUCCUGCCCCCGCAACGCACAACUUGGACUCGUGUUCCUCCGCCUCCAUGGCCUCCUUGCAGCACGCUCGCUCGCGUAUAUAUAGGCGCCCCCCAUCCCGCCCCGAGAUCAGUACCAUCACGGAUCGGGCCAGCAACACCUGAACCCUCAAAGCAACACGGCGCCGAGCUCUCCAUCUCCCUCCUCCUGAUCGCUACGCUAGCUAGCUAGCCCAGCGUCGUCUCCGCAUCCGCUUCAGCUCCCAUCCGCUCUCUGGGAACGACACCGUCUACUCUUGAGGGAGAAGCCAGCCGGGAGAUGACUCUGAGGCUGCUCAACACAGAGCGCAACCACCUCCUCUCCCCGAAGCCGCACAGCCCCCGCCGGGAUGGCUGCUCCUCGCCGCUGAGGCCGUCGCCCUCCCGCAAGACGAUGGCGCGCGGCGGCCUCGAGCGCUCCCUCAGCUUCAAGAACUGGGAGGCGCAGGUAGCGCCUCAGGAGCCGGAGCCGGCGGGUGCAGCCACCGGCAAAAGCAGCGGCGGCGGCAUCAACGGCGCGCGCCCGGGGACCCUGGCGCUGCAGCCGGAGCCGCAGUCGAGCCCCCGGCGGGCGUCCCCGGCGGCGCAGGCCAUGAUCGAGUUCAUCUCCCCGCGGCCCCGCGUGGAGCUCGACCAGGCCGCCACCAGGCUGCAGAAGAUCUACAAGGGCCACCGCACGCGCCGGAGCCUCGCCGACGGCGCCAUCAUCGCCGAGGAGCUCUGGUGGAAGACCUACGACUCGGUUUACCUCAACAUCAAGUCCAUCUCCUUCUUCGACGGGGAGAAGCAGGAGACCGCCGCGUCGCGCUGGUCCAGGGCCGGCAAGAGGAUCGCCAAGGUCGGCAAGGGGCUCUCCAAGGACGACAAGGCGCAGAAGCUCGCGCUCCAGCACUGGCUCGAGGCGAUUGACCCGCGCCACCGCUACGGCCACAACCUCCACCUCUACUACGACAUCUGGUCCGCCAGCUCCAGCUGCGAGCCCUUCUUCUACUGGCUGGACAUCGGCGCCGGGAGAGACAUGCAUCACCCGAAGUGCCCAAGAAGCAAGCUUUACUCGCAGCUUAUCAUGUACCUCGGGCCGAACGAGAGGGCGGCGUACGAAGUCAUCGUGGAGGAAGGGCGGCUGCUGUACAAGCAGAACGGAGAGUUGGUGAACACGAACGAGGAGUCCAAGUGGAUCUUCGUGCUGAGCACGAGCAGGUCGCUCUACGUCGGGCAGAAGAGGAAGGGCAAGUUCCAGCACUCGAGCUUCCUGUCCGGGGCCGCCACCACGGCCGCCGGGAGGCUGGUCGCCAAGGAGGGCGUCCUCAAGGCGAUCUGGCCCUACAGCGGUCACUACCUCCCGACGGAGGAGAACUUCAGGGAGUUCAUCGGCUUCCUAGAGGAGAACAGCGUCGACCUCGCCAACGUCAAGCGGUGCUCGGUCGACGACGACGAGUUCCCGUCGUUCAAGAAGGCACCGGAGCAGCCGGCGGAGGAAGCCGAAGCGCCCACCGCUGAAGCCGCCGCGCACGAUGAUGAGGCCGUGGAGAGCCAACCGGUCGAGCUGCCCGAGGUGGACAUCGUGAAGGAGGCGGUGGCCGAGACGGCCGCCGGCGACGAGGACGCCGCGGGGUCGAAGGUGAUGGCAAGCCGGCCGUCGUUCAAGUGGUCGACACCCACGGGUGCGCGCAUCGGCUGCCUCCGGGACUACCCGGCCGACGUCCAGAGCAUGGCUCUGGAGCAGGUGAACCUGUCGCCGCGGGUGGCGCCGUCCCCGGGCGCGGCCUGCAGGCUGCCGGUGCCGAUCCCGUCGCCACGCCCCAGCCCGCGGAUCAGGCUGUCGCCGCGGCUGCACUACAUGGGGCUCCCGACCCCGACCGGCGCCAGGCUCCCGGUGCCGAGCCCGGCCAGCAGGCGGUCGCCCAAGCAGGAGUUCACGGGGUUCCAGACGCCGGCCGUGGCGCUCACGCUGCCCAAGCACAAGGCCAAGUGAGGCAUGCAUACAUGCCUGACCUCGGAUCGCAGCCGCAGCGCCGGCCGUUUUCGAAGGCGUUGCGCGUUUGUUCGUCCAGCUGAUUAGAUGACGACGAGGGUUAACAAUUUUGUUGGUUGUUUGUUGUAAGAUGUUUUUUGAUCUUGUACAAUUCAUUCUUUCGUAUGUUUGUUCAUCUUUUUUCUUCUUCUUUGACCUGAGGUGCAGCACAAGCUGCACGCUGUACAAGUGUAAUCCACACGCUGCAAGGCCUGUAUAACCUGAACCUGCAGUUCUCAGAGGAGUGUAAACACUGCAGGCUCUUUUCUGAAUAAGAGCAUGUCUUAAGGUUUCUUUUAAAAUUC